AGUUGUAGCAUAUAAGUCAGCGACUGGUUCGACGCUCAACAAACACAAAAUGUUUCUCAAGGCAGUAGUUGUGUUCUGCGCGUGCGCCUGCGGAGCGGCGGUGGCGGGACCGCGCUUGAAUCAAGUCGAACCAUUAGAUAAGCCUAUUUGCUUGGACUCUGUAUUGACGUUAAUAUUUGACGAUUUAAGAAGAAUCCCAGAACUGAAUGUCAGAGUAUUAAGUGACCCGAUUCCAUCAUCAAGAGAUGACUUGUCAAAACCCGUGCAUGAGAGAUAUCCAUCAGCUGUCCUCUUCGGCAGGACAUGUGGGGGUACAAUUAUUGGGGACCGAUGGAUACUAUCCGCUGCUCAUUGCUCCCUAUUCACAAGUGGCAGGGAGGUAUUAGCUGGUACCAAUAACACAGAAGAUGGCACUGGCACUCGGGCACGAGUUAAGAAGUUGUACGUACAUCCUCGCUUCUCUGUUGGUCCCUAUUGGCUCAAUGCUCGAAGCUACGGAAUAAAACAGGUAGCGGCUCGAUGGGAUUUCCUGUUAGCAGAAUUAGAAGAACCACUUCCUUUGGACGGCAAAACCAUUAUGGCUGCCCCGUUGGAUGAUAUUGCGGUGCACGAGGCCGGAGAGACCGUCGGAUUUGCGGGAUUCGGAGCUGAGAACCAUGGGGACGUAAUGAGGCCGCAAGAGCACGCUAUGGACUUAGAAGUGUUGGCUGACUCAACCUGUGCUAAAUUAAUCGAAUACGACGCCCAAGAUAUGCUUUGCGCGACUGGCCGACCUCCAAGAUACGAUACAGCUUGUAAUGGAGACAGUGGUAGCGGUCUGAUCAGCGAUUCUGGCAGCGUUAUAGGUGUAGCUUCUUGGGUGGAAAAUGAUGCUUUCGAAUGCAAAAACGGUGCCACCAUAUACUUUUCACGAGUGGCAGCAGCAAGAGAUUGGAUCAAGAAUGUGACUGGUAUAUAGGCACGUUAUUAAGAGAAGACAAACCAAAGAAUAUUUAAAUGACAAUAGAAAAUCCGCCUUACUUAUAAACCUCAACUUGCAAGUUACUGACUAAACGCUUAAUGAUCAAAUCGUAUUUGUCAAGAGACGCUACAACUGAGACUGAGCAUUUUUAUAAGUAAGGAAAAUUAAGAUUUAAUCAAUCAUCAUUAUUGUCAAUGGUGGCUGGCUAAUUCUUGUACGAUUUAAAUAUUUAGUAUUGUUGAUAAAAUUUCGCCAGCAUGAAUCCAUAUUUCAUAUAAAGUGAUACUUGUAAAUAAUUCUUACAAACAUUAAAUGGUAGUUUAAAAGAUAAGAUAGCUGGUAAGGUCUCCAAUACCGACGUACGUGAAUGUUAUUAAUAGCGAAAUUAAACCUUUCUCUACAAUUAAAUUUUUAUUUAAAAAAGCUUUAGGACUUAUGGAUUAUAAGAAUCAAAUCAACAUUAUCUCUUUCCAUGACAGAGUAAACGGUAUUCGAAAGAAAGAGACAAAUAAGCACUAUAUAGUUCACAUCAAUAAGCUGUUUUUAUAAGGAGUUUAGUACUCGCGAUAGGUUUCAUCAAAAACAUUUUCGUAGGUCUGAGAUAUUAACUUAUUAGCUAUAAUUUUUAGUUUUAGUACAAAAUAUCGCGUGAAACUAGUCAAGUGCUUAUACUUGUUUUCAGGCUGUAUUAUACUUAUAUUUAAGACAAUAAUUAUGUACGUAGAAUAAGAUUUUGAUAAAUAAAUUUUGAAAAUAUA